AUGACUCUAUAUAUCACACUGACUUGCUAUAAUCACCACCGGAAACGGAAGUCCUACAGACAGAUACUUAUAGAAGAUAAUCAAACGGCGUUGCAAUCUCCAGCGUCGUUUGUAGCAACAAAGGUAAUUUAUCAGCUCCUUAAGCUAGAAGAGAAGCAGUUUCCUAAGAGUGCCGCAGUGGCGCGUAGAGACUUCUACAUGGACGAUCUUAUCACGAGAGCAAGUUCAUUAGAAGAAGCCCUAAUUUGUAAUCAAGUGUCAGUCCUACUUUCAAAAGGAGGAUUCGUGCUCAGAAAAUGGGCUUCCAAUAAUGUAGAGUUAUUGAAAGGUGUAUUGGAGCAGAUAACAGACAACGCUAUUCUAGAAUUGGACAAGGAUGACGCUGCUAAAACUUUAAGUGUCAAGUUUCUGGCAAUCUGGUGGCCGCUCAAGUGUCAAAUUACAAAGCGACGAGCUCGCUUGAUAAUUGUCGUGAUCUGGUUUAUUGCUCUGAUGAUGACGUCGCCGUGGCUGCUGUUUUUCGAUCUGGUAUCUAUUUACGAUGAUGAACCUGAUCUGCGUUUGUGCCUCGAAACGUGGCCACAUCCGGAAGAUGGGUCGCUGUUCUUUCUGAUUGGGAAUUUGACACUUUGCUAUGUAUUGCCAAUGAUUCUCAUAUCUCUUUGCUACAUUCUUAUAUGGAUUAAAGUGUGGCGCAGGCACAUACCUACUGAUACCAAAGACGCUCAGAUGGAGAAGAUACAGCAGAAGUCGAAGGUGAAAGUAGUCAAGAUGCUGGUCGUAGUAGUGAUACUCUUUGUUUUGUCAUGGCUGCCUCUCUAUGUUAUCUUUGCCGUAAUCAAGCUGGGUGGUGACGUGGCUGAGAAGCUGGAUGAGAUUCUGCCAAUCGCCACUCCAAUUGCUCAAUGGCUAGGUGCCAGCAACUCUUGCAUAAAUCCGAUCCUUUACGCUUUUUUUAACAAAAAAUAUCGACGGGGCUUUAUUGCCAUCUUGAAAAGCGGUCGAUGCUGCGGCAAGCUCAGGUACUACGAAACUGUUGCGAUGAUGUCCUCUUCGACAAGUAUGAGAAAAUCUUCUUAUUAUGUUACUAACAACAACAACAACAACAACAACAACAACAACAACAACAACAACAACGACAACAAUUCGUCAACGAGACGCGUCUGGCAUGGACCACCAAUUCAUCAGGAUAGCAACGUUUCUUACAUAUUUAAUCACACUGGCGUAUAAUCACGAUCAUAUAAAGAUGCUGUUUCUUAAGCGCUCUAGCAGAUUUGUAACAUACUCGACCAAUGAGACAAAUUAAUUGGAAAGUCGCGUCGUGGUCUUUGCACCUUGAUUAACCGAUCGUAGCCAAAACUUGGCCAAAGUCAGCUAGUCCGAGCUUUAUGGAUCAUCUGAUCAUCGGAUGAUCAUAACAAAUGUGGUUGUUACUCGGACUGGAAAUUGUCCGUAAGUAAAAAAAUGCAAGAAAAGAGAGAAAAAAUGCCUUUAUCAAUAGAUUACAAAACAAUCAAUGUUUUACUCAUUGAGUAAUGGGAGACGUCAUUUGAAUUUUGUCACAAUAGCUAAUUUUUUUUGCAUGUAUAAACAUGUAAUAUAUUAGUUGGUAAAAAAAACAAAAGUUCGUGAUUGCGAGCUUACGGUUGUGUAAUUGUUUGCCUAUGACGACAUGACUAAGUAGUGUUUGAAGUGAUUUGAAUGAGAAUGACAAGAUAUUAUAUUUCAGCGAUUCUUAAAAUCUCAUAUAUAUAUAGUAUAUUGUAUAUAUAUUUGUCAAAUUAUAUAUUUUUACAUUGUCAUUACAAGAAAAUGUUUGAGCAAGUAAAAAAAAGAAAACACAGUUAAAUCUGCCAAUUAAAUCUAAUGUACGAAUUUAUUAUUGCAUAUAUUAUAUCUUUAUUGUGCAUAGAGUAGUACGUUAUAAGUAAUUAGCUCGACACCAACGGCAAUAUGGAAACGACAUGCGGGAGCGGAUAUAUGAGUUAUGUUACCUUUUGACGGUAGAUAUACACUAGAGAUUUUUUCAAGACGAGCUCUGAGUAGCUGCGCGAUUACAAAGAUAAAAGUCAAGACGUGCGCUACUUUAUAUCGGAAUGCGCAACUUAUUAUCAGACACAGAUGGAAAAAUAUAGCAAAAUAUAAUAUAGUAUAAUAAAAGAAAAAUAUUUUACUCCACAUUGCGAUUCAAAUGCAAAUAAUCUUCGAACAAAUUGAUAUCAAUGUUAAAAUAAAAAUGUUUUUACUAAUUAGAAUAAUUAAAAUUAUUUUUUUGAAUGUAAUUGUUCGGUCAUGUUUAUAUAACUACGUAUCUUUAGAUUGUUCAAGGACAAUUUUUGUAGUCUUCUAAAGCCAUGAUGUUUCUUGCGCUCAUGUCACAGCUGGUUAUUUUGUCGCACGAGAGCAAUUAGUGACGAUCAAAAAUAUAAUAAAGCGUGGUCUGUUUGUUGGAUUUCUGUAAAAUCGUAGUAAUUGUAAGCAGGUGUAUUUUCUGCUCAUUAUUGAAAGCUGAGGUUAUCGGUUCUUGCAAAGCAUCUCUCCUCAGACGGUAUUACUUUGAAUCUUUAUGGUAUAAAAUUGUAAAACGCCAAUUACCCCAAAAUUUAUGAUAAAACCAUUAUUUUCAUAAGGUUUUUAUAUUAAAUAAGAUAAAUCGUAGGUGUGUAACGCAGACGUAUGAAUGGUUACAAAGUGGCACGAUAAUUCAUAUCUAUACAAUUCAUAUACGUGGCGCUAAUGUAAUAGUCACUUUUGAGCUAGAUUUUUUGCGAUAACUAGAUGUAAUAACAACAAAUAAUAAUAACGAAUUAAGACAAAAUAAAAGAAAGAUAUAAUCUAGAAACAAUACAAUCAGAUACAACUUAAGAAACUUGGAAGAAAAGAGAUAAAACUGACAUAAUCUUUUUCUUAGGUUCAAAAUUCGAUGCCACACAAGACAUGCAACUGUCUCAAGGGUUUUGGCUCUUAGCGUCGAUAAUUGAACUUAUUGGAUGCAUCCAGAAGCACACAACUGCAUAUUGAUCCCCCAGUAAGCGCUCAGUAAACAUUCUAGAUCUGUUUACUGGAUGCAAACACUCCCUAGCUGUUUAAAGUGAGCAAUAACCAUUUCCGUGACUUUUGCAUCCCUCACUCUAUUUCCUUUAUGUU